UACUAAAAAAUAAUUUUCUCUGGAUUCCGAGAGAAACAAUGGCUCAAAUAGCAAAGAUGGAGGUUCAAUUGGACAUCAAGUCCUCUGCUCAAAGCUUUUAUGAAAUCUUUCGCAGAAAACAGUACCUGAUGCCUAAAAUAUGCCUCGACAUUCUGAAGGAUGUACAAGUAAUUAAGGGUGAUUGGGAGUCUCUGGGUUCAAUCAAGCAAUGGACUUAUGUCGCAGGAAAUUCUGAGAGUGGUAAGGAGAUAGUUGAAGCUAUAGAUGAGGAAAACAAGAAAAUCACUUUCAAAGUAUUGGAUGGAGAGAUCACCAAGUACUACAAGACGAUGAAGACCACGGUUCAGGUUACAGCAAAGGGUGAUAAAGGAGGCAGCUCGGUGAAAUGGACUCUAGAGUAUGAGAAGCUUAAUGAUAGUAUCCCGGCACCGACUAAGUACCUGGACCUUUUGUCAGCUACUACUAAAAAUGUCGAAGCUUAUCUGACCAAUAAUGCAUAAGUACUACUACUUUGUUUAAUAUAAAUAGAUAAGGAAAGGAAGCUCUAAUAGUUAUAAAUGCUUCCUUUGGGGAAUAAUAUUGUGUUUAAGUUUCUAAAGCAGUAACGGAAAAUA